GAGUGGGUGUCCGUUUAUGAAUGGCCUGAGUGGAUGGAACAAUGCUCCCCGCUCUGAGCCUCUGACAUUUUCAUAUAGAACGGAGGAGUUGAAAGGAGGAGAGAAACGAGCCCACCACCACCUCCUCCUCCCCCCGUCCAGCCCGCCCCGCCUGGAGCUUGGUACAGAAGGUAGCAAGAGAGGCCUCCAUCCCAUCCGUAUGCGUGCGUUUCAUCGGGAGUGUUUGUCAUGCUAUGCUUUUUCUCUGCUGAUUAAUGCUUCAUUUGAGAAGGAACCUUUUGUCUGGAAGGACGAAGAACAGGAGGACUUUGAAGAGCCAGGAGCCAAGAGACCAGUCCUUCCCCUUCAGAAGAGCCCAAGAGUGGAAUCUGGAUCUGACAAAUCAGAAGAGAAGCUGAAUUGAUGUGCUGUGAGAGAACGCCCCCUUGUUUGUGAGGGAAGAACAGCAGCGGCUUGUUCACCGUUGGAGAGGGAAUUAAAGUUGGUUGUGGUUCAGCACACUCUGCCAGCAUUUCAAGAGGUCUAUGGUCCAGAGUUAAACAGACCAUGAAGGGCUUGGAGCUGCUGCUGUUGCCUCUGCUGCUUAUUCUGAAAGAUGUAAGUGCUCAGUGGAAUGUGUGGAUGCCCAGAGACAUUUCAGCCAUGACAAACUCCUGUGUGGUUAUACCCUGUUCAUUCACAUACCCCUCCGGCAUCAGGCCUUACAGAGGGGUCCACGGGAUCUGGUAUUUCGGCCACCCCUACCCCCAGCUUUUCCCCCCAGUGGUGUAUAAGUCACGCACAGAUAUUGUUCAUGAAAGUUACAAAGGACGGACCAAGCUCCUUGGUGACUUGACGCAAAAAAACUGCACUCUGCUGAUAAAUAAUGUUGGCGUGGAACAUUCUGGGAGGUAUUACUUCAGGGCAGACCUGGGUGGCGCAAACAUCUACACUUACCCUGACUUCACAAAACUACAGGUGUUGGAUCAGCCCAACAUCGAUGUUCCAGAGGAGAUCGUUAGUGACCAAAGCCUGGACUUGACCUGUUAUGUCCCAGACAAUUGUCCAGACAUGAGUCCACAGAUCCACUGGAUGUACACAGACUACCUGCCUGACCCUGUUUUCACCCCUGACAAUGUUGAGGAAAGCAACACCGCGGUACUGUCCAGCACCCUCACCUUCACACCCAAACCCAUGCACAAUGGCCAGCUGCUGGGCUGCCGGGUUCAUUUCGAAAACACCACCUUUUUUUAUGAACGCCUCAUUUCACUGGACAUCAAGUACGCCCCUCGAACUGUGUGGGUAAAUGUGUCUCAAGAGGUAAUGGAAGGAAGCUCGGUGGUCCUGCACUGUGAUGUGGACAGUAAUCCAGCCCCCAGAAUAACCUGGUAUUUUGGAGACAAAGAGCUGAUGUCAGAAGUUGCCUCAAACUCUUCGCUGCCUCUGGAUAACCUGACCCCAGAGGAGGAAGGUGUCUAUACCUGCGUUGGUGACAAUGGCUAUGGCAGCAUGAACACAUCCAUGUAUCUGGCAGUAAAUUAUCCUCCACGGGAGCCAUGGAUCAAUGAAUCUCUAACGUUGUUGGAAGGAUCUUCAGUUUCCCUACAGUGCAACAGCAAAGGAAACCCAAUGCCCACGUUGACCUGGCUGAAGGAUGGGGAACUGGUGGGUACCAUCACAGCAGAGGAGGGAUCCGUGCUUGAGCUGCACGAGAUCACGCCGCAGGCUCACGGAGUCUACCGCUGUCUAGCUGAGAAUGAACACGGACGAGCCAGCAACUCACUUAACAUUACGGUAGAAUUUGCCCCCAUCCUCCUUGACGACUCUAAGUGCACUAUAGUCCGUGAGGGCGUUCAGUGUGUGUGCAUUGCAUCGGGAAACCCUGAGCCUGUGAUUGAAUUCUACCUGCCAGACCUCAACAUCACCAUCAACGACUCCAACAGCCUGUUUAACUACCGCACAUACUCAGAUGGGUACACGUCCACUGGCAUCAUCAAGCUCCAGGACAAGGGUGAAAGGGGGAACAAUGGUGAUACUGCUGUCCAUGUUCACUGCAGCAUCAGCAACAUGUACGGCUCCGAGACCAUCCGCUUGGAACUGCAGCAGGAGAAAAAGUUCAUGAUGGCCGUCAUAGUGGGGACUAUCGGAGGUGUGGCAGUCAUCGCCUUCAUCAUCGCAGCUGUGAGAUACGUGGGUCAGAAUAAUAAAAAAGAGAAUGGUAACCCUGGGCAGGACGUGGGAUCUAAAGUGGAGAAUCCCUCAAUGUUCUACAGCGCAGUCAAGAAGGACAAACAGAGUCUCAGGAAAAAAGUGCUUAAGACUGAGCUCCUGGGCUCAAAGUUUAACUCCAUCCUAGAGGAAGGCACGGGAGACGACAGUGAUUACCAAUCUGUUGGCCCGAUGGCAGGCAUGGAGAGGCAAGAGCUGAAUUACGCCGCCCUAGAGUUUCUCCAUGGACGACACCGGGAGGGAGGCUUCAGGAGGGCUGAUGGUGACGGCAGCGACUACACUGAAAUUAAGGCCAAAUGA